AUGAGUCGAUUGAUUGUUAAAGGCUUGCCAUCAAAUUGCACCGAGGAAAAGCUACGGAGUCACUUCAAAAGUUUCGGAAAAAUCACUGACUGCUCACUAAAAUACACCAGAGAUGGGAAAUUUCGUCGUUUUGCAUUUGUUGGAUUCGAAACGGAUGAAAAUGCUCAGAAAGCACGUGAUAAUCUGCACAAUGCAUUUAUGGGAACAUCACGAUUGACCGUAGAAGAGUGUAAGCCGUUCGGCGACUCGACAAAACCGAGGGCUUGGAGUAAAUACGCGAAGGGAAGCAGUGCAUAUAAGCGUUUGCAUCCUGAGGAAGAAGAGGAGAAAAUGAAGAGAAUCAUUUCACUUAGAGGCAGUUCACCAUCGGCCAAAAAAAUGAGAAAGGAAAGCGAUAAAGAAUUUUAUGAUUUCAUCGAAGUGCAAAAGAGCGCACUACCAAUUCCAAGCAGUAGUAAUGAUGAAAGCAACAACAAUCUCAUAGAGGAAUUGCUCACUGGAGUCAGUGGGGAUACGUUAUUAUCGCUGAUAAUACGUGGUUUCCCGAAAACUGUAAAAGCAAAAGGAAUCAAAGAUUGGUUCAGCCCUAUCAAGUUGAAAGGGAUAAAAAUUGUACGUGGCUCAGCUGAAGCUAUUGCUUUUGUAACAUUUUUUAAAGAAUCUGAUGUGAAAAAGGCGCUGAAACGGGAUGAACAAUUUUUUGGUGGUUCCAAGCUGGAAAUAACAAAAGUAUUGAGUAAUCGAGUUUCUAAAGAUGUGGAAGAUUAUGUUCACAUGACAAGAGAAGCAGAAGUCGAAGCAUCUGUAGCAAAGAUUCUCGAAACUGGAAGACUCUUUGUCCGAAAUCUACCCUAUGUGUGCAGUGAUGAAGACUUGCGAUACCUAUUUAAAAAGUAUGGUGAAAUAUCUGAUUUGCAAAUGAUUGUUAGCAAAAAAACGGGCUUAUGUAAAGGGUUUGCGAUCGUCACAUAUGUUUUUCCAGAAUCUGCUGUUGCGGCAUUCUCAGCAUUAGAUGGUUCCAUUUUAAAGGGAAGAAUGCUUCACAUUUUACCUGGAGAAGAGAAACGUGAGAUAGAACAAAUUGACAUCACUGGUAAAUCGGCAUUUCAGAAAACAAAAGUUGCAAAACUAAAGAAAGAAGCUGGAAAAUCUCAUUCGUGGAAUACAUUGUUCCUUGGAGCUAAUGCAGUUGCUGAAACGCUGGCUGAGAAACUGGACGUUGAAAAAAGUGAUUUGCUGCUUGGACAAGGUGAAAUAAGCGCUGGUGUACGUAUGGCACUUGCUGAAACACGACUGGUUAGUGAAACUCGAGAAUAUCUGUUGGCGAAUGGUAUAUGUCUGGAUGUUUUUUCACGUCCUGCAACAAAAAGAAGUAAUACAGUGAUUAUCAUCAAAAAUUUAACGACCAAGGUUGAUACUGAGGAAUUGAAACGAAUGUUCGCAAGACAUGGCCCCGUAAAACAGCUACUGAUGCCUCCCGGAGGUAUCACUGCUAUCUUGGAAAUGGAAAAUUCAGUUGAUGCUCAGAAGGCAUUUAACACGCUUGCAUACGCUCGAUUUCGUUCGCAGCCGUUAUUUCUUGAAUGGGCACCGUACGAUUUGUUUAAAUUAAGAAAAUUGGAGAGCAAAGAUGAAGAUCAAAAACAGCACAGACCUGAAAUCCAAACUGAAAGAAAGGAUAAUGAAUUCAUAAAAGAAGACAAAAAGCUGAGACGAAGCAAGAAGCAUCGAUUAACUGAAGAAUCAGUCGAAGCUAUAGAACUACAAGAAAAAGUUGAGUCGGUUGAAACAGUCAAGAGUGGAACGAUAGCCAAAGACGGGGACAUGCAGCAGCAAUCUGCAGUAGAAAUGCAGAUCGCUGAAAAUAGAAAUGAUGACAGCGAUGACAAUGCUAAAGAGAAAGAUGACCAGUUGUUGCCAGGAACAACAUUAUUUGUAAAGAAUUUGAGCUUUAAAACAACUGAUGAAGGGCUGAGAAACAAAUUUGAAUCACGAUUUCGUAUACGAUCGGCUACUAUUUCCAAAAAAAGAGAUGCGACAGAUGCGACCAAAACGCUUUCAAUGGGAUUCGGUUUCAUUACAUUUUAUCAGCCAGAGGAUGCACAGCAAGCCAUAAAAGAUAUGCAGGGUGUUUUACUAGAUGGUCAUUGCUUAAUGUUGAAAUUAUCCCAUCGAGAAGUUGUAUCUGAUAAGAUUAUUGCAAGGAAAGGAGUUGAUAAAUUGGAGCAAGGGGAAGCUACUAAAAUUUUGAUCAGAAAUAUACCUUUUCAAGCAACUCGAAAAGAAGUCAGGCAACUUUUCGCUACCUUUGGUGAGAUCCGCUCUUUCAGAAUGCCGAAAAAGGUUGGUGCGUCAGCGGAAGGUCAUCGUGGUUUCGGCUUUGUUGAUUUCUUAACUCGUGCUGAUGCACGACGUGCAUUCAAUGGUUUGGUUCACUCAACUCAUUUCUAUGGUCGAAGAUUAGUUCUGGAAUGGGCUAAGCCCGACAGUAACUUAGAAGAACUUCGAGAGAAAGCAGCUGCGAAUUUAAGCGGUAACAAGGGAGAAGUUCGGCUGCAGAAAAAAAUGAUGAGAAAAAUUGAACAGGAUUUAACAGUGAUCGAUGACGACUGA